AUGCUUUGGGCUGUUCCUGCUCGUGGGCUUUUAGUUGCAUUAUUAUUACUUACUGGAUUGAGCUGUGAAUCAAACCACUAUGAAAAAAAGAGGCAGAAAAGAACCAUUUAUAAUGAGCAGCCUCGUUUGUCCUCAGAGCAGGGUAACUUAGUGUUCCAUGCUGGCUCCAGCAAAAAUAUUGAAUUUAGAACUGGACCACUGGGGAAAAUAAAAAUUAAUGAAGAAGACCUUGCAGAACUUUUUAGUCAGGUGAGAGAAAGUAAUGCAGAGAUUCAAGAACUUAAAAAAGCCCAUGGUGCCUCUCAGAACAUGUCCCAGCAGGUUGCUCUGCUGACCUCCAAGAUCACGAGUCUUGACAACAAACUUCAAAGCUUAGAGCAGGCUAUCCAGAGGAAAGCCUGCAGUAGUGACCCCUGUGGGAACUCAGGGACCUGUGUAAACUUGCUGGAUGGUUUCUUUUGCCUCUGUCCCAGCAGCUGGCAGGGCCCGCUGUGUUCAGAUGAUGUUAAUGAAUGCCAGAUUUAUGCUGGAACAGCAUUAGGCUGCCAGAAUGGAGCCACUUGUGUGAACACACCAGGCAGCUACAGCUGCUCCUGUACUCCAGAAACCUACGGGCCUCACUGUGCCUUCAAGUUUGAUGACUGCCAGGGAGGAUCUGAGACGCUUUGUGAGCAUGGCAUCUGUAUAGAUGCAGACAGAGAUCAGCCCAACACGCCCAAGUACCGCUGUAUCUGUGACGCUGGGUGGAUGUCCCCUCCUGGCAGCCCUGCCUGCAGUGCUGAUAUAGAUGAAUGCAGCCUCCCUAAUCGUCCGUGUUCCCAGAAUCCGCUUGUGCAGUGCCACAACACACCAGGCUCCUACUCGUGUGAUCCCUGCCCCACAGGCUGGCAAGGAAAUGGCUACAGUUGCCAAGACAUUGAUGAAUGUGAAAAUAAUAAUGGAGGCUGCUCAACAGCACCGAUGGUCCAAUGUAUCAACACAAUGGGAUCCUUCCACUGUGGGCUCUGUCCACCAGGUUAUGAGGGAGAUGGACAAACAUGUACCCAGGUUGAUAUCUGCUCAAUAGAUAAUGGAGGGUGCCAUCCUUUGGCUACUUGUACCUCAGCUCCAGGGCUGAUACCAUUUUGUUCCUGCAUAUCUGGGUACACUGGAAGUGGAUAUGGGCCAAAUGGGUGCUCUCCUCUCAGUGAUAUCUGUCAGCUGCAAAACCCUUGUGCAAAUGGGCAGUGCUUGGCAAUGAUCUCUGGAUAUUUUUGCCUGUGUAAUGCAGGCUGGACAGGCCCUAAUUGUACGGAGAACAUUGAUGAAUGCAUCAGCAACCCGUGCCAGAAUGGGGGGACCUGCACCGAUGGGGUCAAUGGCUACUCCUGCAAGUGCACCAGCACCUGGACAGGACCACAGUGCCAGACUCCCCAGCAAGUUUGUGGAGGAUAUCUCUCAGGCUCCAGUGGGACUUUCAGUUACCCUAACAACCUAAACAGCCAGCAGUACAGCACUGGGGUCAGCUGUGCUUGGGUUAUUCAAACUAAUCCCAACAAGAUCCUGCAUAUUAUUUUCCCAUUCUUCCAACUGGAGACAAGUAAUGACUGUAACUCUGAGUUCCUUCAAAUCCACGAUGGGCCUUCAGCAUCAAUGCAUAUGCUGGGAAAAUACUGUGGCUCCUCACCUCCUACAGAACUUUUUGGUUCCCACAAUUCCCUGUAUUUUUGGUUCUACUCAAACCACACCAUUACAGCUGGAGGUUUUACUGUUCAGUGGGAAUCUCGAGAUCCUGAAUGCGGUGGUGAGCUGACAGGAACUUACGGCUUGAUAAGCUCUCCAGGAUACCCUGGUAACUAUCCUGUAAACAGAGACUGUUUCUGGACCAUCUCAACCAGUCCUGGCCUCCUCAUCACAUUUGCUUUUGGCACACUGAGCCUAGAACACCAUGAAAAUUGUAGUUAUGACUAUUUAGAGAUUCGAGAUGGUCUUCUUCCUCAAGACCCUGUCCUUGGUAAAUACUGUAGCACUGGAUCUCCACCCCCACUCCUAACCACUGGUCCGUAUGCAUGGAUUCACUUUCACUCUGAUGAAUUAGUUACUGACAAAGGCUUCCAAAUUGUCUAUACAACAUCUCCAGCUGAUCCAGGUUGUGGAGGAAAUUACACGGAUAGUGAAGGGGUUAUCACAUCCCCUUUCUGGCCUAACCCUUAUAUCAGUAACCGGCAAUGUAUCUACAUCAUCAGACAGCCAGAGGAUGAAAAAAUAUACCUCAACUUCACCCACAUGGAGCUGGAGAGUCACACUGGUUGUUCAUCAAAUUAUAUUGAGGUUCGAGAUGGCGACAGGGAGAUGUCUUCCCUGAUUAGCAAAUUCUGUCAUAGUACAGUCGUGUCUCCAAUCACUUCUACCAGCAACAGUCUCUGGAUCAAGUUCAUGUCUGAUGCUUCUGUGCAAAGGGCUAGCUUUAGGGCUGUUUAUCAAGUUGCCUGUGGAGGCUCCUUGUCUGGAGCAGGCACUAUCCAUUCACCUUACUACCCCAGGAUGUCCCCUCACCCAAAGACCUGUGAGUGGAUCAUCUCCCAGCCAGCUAGCAAAGUGGUGAUUCUUAACUUUAUUGACUUUGACAUUCGAAAUACAACCACUUGUGACUCAGACUACGUUGAGGUCAGAGAUGGCAACAACACAGACUCUCCUCUUUUGGAGAAAUUCUGUGGUACAGCUGUUCCAUCUAGAGUGCAAUCUACACGGAACAAUCUCUAUAUCAAAUUCAGAGCUUCCUCUCUUACCAACCUUGGCUUCAGAGCUGAGUACUGGCCAUCAGAUACAGUAUGUCAAGAGACUCUCACUGGACCAGAAGGAAUCAUUACAAGUCCUGGUCAUCCAGAUGUCUACCCACAUGGUAUUAACUGUACCUGGAUUAUCAGCAUUCAAUCUGGCUACCUUAUCCGCCUGACAUUCACUUCAUUUAACUUGGCAUUUGAUUACAGUUGCACAAACAAUUAUCUUGAAAUAUAUGACAACAGCACUGUGCAAAAAUUAGGAAGGUACUGUGGAAGAUCAAUUCCACCAUCUCUCACUAGUGGUGGCAACAUGAUGAUGUUGUACUUCGUGACUGAUCACAGCAUUGCAUCUGAGGGUUUCUCAGCUAAUUAUAUCUCCCUGAAUGCAUCACAAGUGUGCUCACACAACUACAAUACUGAAACAGGUGUGCUAACAUCUCCAAACUUUCCCAAUAACUACCCUGUCCGGACAGAGUGCAUAUACACCAUCACAGUGGGAAUGAACAGACAGAUUGUGCUGCGCUUCACCAACUUCACCUUGGAAGGGAAUAAACGCUGUACAGAGGAUUAUGUAGAAAUUAGAGAUGGAGGCUAUGAAACUUCUCCUCCUCUUGGAAAAUACUGUGGUACAGACUUGCCUCCUGUUAUAAUCUCUCAUAGUAACAAGCUGUGGAUAAAGUUUGUAAGUGACGUAUUUGGCACAAGAAUGGGAUUUUCAGCAGAGUGGGAUGGUACAUCAUCAGGUUGUGGUGGGACUUUGAUGACAGCUUCUGGUAUCUUCAUGUCUCCCAACUACCCUAUGCCAUAUUAUCACAAUUCGGAGUGCUACUGGUUGCUUAGAGGAAGCCGAGGAACCCCAUUUGAAAUCCAGUUUGAACAAUUCCAUCUAGAAUAUCACGAAAAGUGCAACUUCGAUUACCUUGCGGUGUAUGAUGGCAACAGCAGCAAUGCUAAACAGCUAGGCAAAUUUUGUGGGGAUCAGAUACCACAACUCAUCCACUCCAGUGGAGACAGCGUGUAUGUAAAACUAAGGACAGAUAACAGUCUGCGAGGUGGAGGUUUUUUAGCUACAUACAAACAGGUUUGCCAUGAUGUACUGACUGUUAAUCGUAGCCAUGGCGUAUUGGAAAGUUUAAAUUAUCCAAACAAUUACCCAUUAAAUGAGCGCUGUAACUGGACUAUCCAAACUACAAAGGGGAACACGCUCAACUAUAGCUUCGCAGCCUUUGAUUUAGAAGAUGGAUCUGACUGUAACCGUGACUUCUUGAAGCUCUAUGAUGGGCCUGAUGUACAAUCCAACCUGAUAGGCACUUUCUGUGGACAGUCUCUUCCACUGGCAGGGAGCACUACAGGGACCAGCCUUCAUGUGGUGUUUUAUUCUGAUGGACUGAAUGCUAGAAGUGGGUUCCAGAUGCUGUGGCAUGUUAAUGGUUGUGGAGGAGAACUCUCUGGCUCUUCUGGUUCAUUCCACAGCCCUGGCUACCCCAACAGAUACCCAAGCAAUAGGGAAUGCAUCUGGUACAUUCACACAGCACCUGAUAGCAGCAUUCAACUCACCAUUCAGGAAUUCGACAUUGAAUAUCACCCAGACUGCAACUACGAUGUUUUGGAGGUCUAUGGUGGUCCUGAUUUCCUCUCUCCUAGACUAGCCCAGCUGUGUGUUUCAAGAUCAGCAGAGAACCCACUGAGAGUCUCUACAACUGGCAGUUCAGCCACUGUCCGUUUCAAGACAGAUGCAGCAGGGACAGGGAAAGGUUUUAAUGCCUCCUGGCAAGAAAAUCCAGGUGGCUGUGGUGGUAUUUUCCAAGCUACCAGUGGGGAAAUCCAUUCUCCAAACUAUCCUCAACCUUAUAAUAACAACACAGAUUGUUCUUGGGUUAUCCAAGUUGACUACAGCCACAGAGUCCUAUUGAACUUCACAGAUUUUGACAUUGAAAAUCACCAUUCGUGUAACUAUGACAAUGUUGCAGUAUUUGAUGGUCCUAGCAAUGAAGCACCACUUCUUAGAAAACUCUGUGGGACACAGCAUCCUCUUCCUAUCACAUCCUCCAAGAAUCUGAUGUACAUCCGACUGCGCUCUGAUAGAACCAUUGAGCACAGGGGCUUCAGUGCUCACUUUACUGAAGCAUGCGGAAGUUUCAUAGAGUCAGAUUCAGUUGGGGCAGCUAUUUCCUCUCCACUGUAUCCUGCCAAAUACCCAAACAAUCAGAACUGCAGCUGGAUUAUUCAGGCUCAGGAACCAUUCAACCACGUGAUACUCUCUUUCACUGACUUUGAUGUUGAAAACAAUAGACAAAACUGUACAACGGAUUUUGUGGAGAUUUUGGAUGGGAAUAACUAUGAAGCUCCUCUUCAAGGCCGUUACUGUGGCACUACUAUACCACAUCCUAUCACUUCUUUUGGUAAUGCCUUGGUGGUGAACUUCAUCUCCAACAACAACAUUACUGCCAGGGGCUUCCGUGCCACCUAUGCUGCAUCAUCAUCGUCCUGCGGGGGUACUUUCCACAUGGACAGAGGAGCUUUCAACAGCCCUGGCUAUCCUGAGCCAUAUCCGCUCAACACCGAGUGUGUCUGGACGAUUCUCAGCUCCCCUGGCAACCGGCUCCAGCUGUCCUUCAUAGCAUUUCAGGUGGAAGACAGUAGUGGCUGCACCAAAGAUUACCUGGAGAUUCGUGAAGGGAAUGAUACAGGCAUGCUGGCAGGACGAUUCUGUGGGAACUCCUUGCCUUCAAAUUAUACGUCUACUGUUGGACAUGUCCUGUGGGUCAAAUUUGUCUCAGACAGCUCACACACUGGUGUUGGCUUCAGGGCCACAUUCUCUCACUUGUAUGGAAAUGACAUUGUGGGAAACAGAGGACAAAUAGCUUCCCCACAGUGGCCCAGAAGUUACCCUCACAAUUCCAAUUACCAGUGGCGAAUAAGUGUUAAUGCUUCACAAGUUAUCCAUGGCCAUAUCCUGCAGAUGGAUGUCGAAAAUCAUUACAGAUGCCGUUAUGACAAACUAAAGGUUUAUGAUGGUCCCACCAUUCAUUCUCGUCCUAUUGCAACAUACUGUGGUGCAGAUCCUGCUUCUUUUGCAUCCUCUGGCAGUUCGAUGACAAUCCAGUUCCAGUCAGAUUCAUCUGUGACUGGAAAAGGCUUUCUUUUGGAGUGGUAUGCAGUGGAUGCUUCAGCUGUUACACGAACCAUUGCUAGAGGUGCCUGUGGAGGGACUGUAACAACUGAAGAAACACCUUCAUUCCUCUUCUCACCGGGCUGGCCCAUGAAUUACAGAAAUUUUGCUGACUGUGUGUGGCUUAUCAGAGCUCCUGGAUCCACUGUGGAGUUCAAUAUCCUGGCCCUAGACAUAGAAUCUCACAGCUCAUGCAGCUAUGACCAACUUAUUAUCCAAGAUGGAGACACCAGUCUUUCUCCAGUGCUGGCUACUCUGUGUGGACGAGAACCUCCGGGGCCAAUAAGAUCGACUGGAGAGGCAAUGUUCAUCCACUUCUUGUCAGAUGCAAGUGUCACUGGAGCUGGGUUUAAUGCCUCUUAUCACAAAA